GUUGCUUUCCGAACCGUGUGAGUUUUUAAGUGAACGUCCGAAAAUAUCUGGAACCUUGGUGGACUCUACAAUUUGGCGCAGUCGGUACGAUUUCAUGAUGGAUUCGGAAAACUAUUUCCAAUUGGACCCGUUCAACGAUGCCGCUGAUGCUUCCAACCUACGACGGGAAUGGGAGGAAUGGCAUCGUGCUUGUGAAAUUGUUCUGGAGUUGAAGAAAAUUGAUUCGCAGCACGAAAAGCUUUUGUUCAUGCUGGCUCGAGGCGGCAGAGGACUACAGCGAAUUUAUUACCAUCUCGCACCGGUGGCUGGUGAGAUUCAUCCGGAGCCCGUGAAAGUUCCGCUGGCACCAACUAUUAUUCCUGAGUAUGACAACGCCGUCAAGCGUCUCAACGCAUUUUUUGUUGGAAAACGUAACGAGAGGGUGGAGCUGGAGGUGUUCCGAUCACUUCGGCAAACAUCUGGAGAAUCUUUCAAUCGAUACAUUUUGAGACUGCGUACACAGGCCGCGUGUUGUGAUUUCCGUGAUCGCGAGGAAAAAGAGUUGUUGCAGCAGAUUACCGUUGGUGCCAUUGACGAGAGAGUGCGAGACAAAGGCCUCGAAGGAACGAUGGGUUUGGAUGAACUAGUAAAUUACGCUAUCAAUCGUGAAGUAUUACUGAAGCAGAAGGAGAAAGUACACCUGUUUAGAUCGGAACCGGAAGCCGGUGCGAUGGCAUUAAUCAAACAGAAUUGGGAGAGAAAGACAAUGUCAAGAUGCGGAGCGCCCACACAGAAGCUCAAGCGAGAGCGGAAGUGGGAACGUAGCAGUCGUGAUGCUGCUGAAUGCAGUCGUUGUGGUUCAUGGCGGCAUAAUCGCGAAUCGAAGGAAUGCAUUGCAAGAAAUGCCACUUGCAACAAGUGCGGACGUUCAGGCCACUUUUGCAAGGAAGUGUGA